AUAAACCUGCAGACUCAGCAUUUGAACUUAUUAGUUCGUUUGAUCCCAAAUAUUUGUUGAACUCUAAUUUGACUCCAGAAGAUAAAAUAGCAAUUAUCAAUAAAGGAGCAUUUCAACCAGAAAAGAAUGAACUUUCAGAAGGAAAUUAUCCUCAAGAGCAUGGGCAUCGUUUUAAAACAGAAUACUACUAUAGAAUUCUACCUAGUGGUGAACGAAUCAAACGAGAAUGGUUAACAUUUAAUAUUAGAAAUAACCGUAUGUAUUGCUUAUACUGCAUGUUUUUCGGAAAAAAUAAACAAAGUGCAUGGACAAUUGAAGGCUUUCAUGCUUGGCAAAGAUUGUAUGAUAUUGGUAUACAUGAAAAAACGGAAGCGCAUAUAAACGCUUCAAUCAUAGUUAAAAUGAAAACUCAUUGUAUGCCAGUCCUUCCUCAGAUAUACGAAUGUAAAAGAUUACAAAUAGCAGAAAACGGAGAAAUUAUAAACUCUCUCAUAGAGGUUACUUUAUUUCUUGGUCAACAUUCUCUGCCAUUCCGCGAUCAUCGAGAAGGUUGGGAUGAAAAGAACAAAGGUAAUUUUAAAGAUCUUACAGUACUAUUGAGACCAACUCCCCUUAUAAAGGAAAGACUGUUAUCUUUAAAAGAAUCUCCACAAGCUAAAGGAAGUCAGUUAUUUUCUUUAUUUCAAGAUAUAUGCCUUGAAAAUAAUUUAAAAUGGAAAACAAUGCUUGUGGGUCAAAGCUAUGAUGGUGCAAACAAUAUGCGAGGGCAGUAUCAAGGAUUGCAAUCGUUUAUAAAAGAAGUAAAUCCAGCUGCUAUCUAUACAUGGUGUUAUGCUCAUCGGCUAAACCUAAUAGUUGUUCAAGUAACUAGCAGUUCACCUGAUUCUGUUAAUUUAUUUGGUAAUAUAGAAGAGUUGUAUAAUUUUAUUUCUUCAAGCAAAAAAAGAGUGGCAUUUUAUGAAAAUAUGCAAAAGGAAAGACAUCCAACUGUUAGGGUAAAAAGGUUAAAAAGAGUUAAUAUUACGCGAUGGAUGUCAUAUUCAAUGGCUCUUCAAACAGUUUUGUCAACUUUUGAUGUUAUCAUAGAUACAUUGGAAAAUAUUAAAAUUACAGAAUUAUCAGAUUUUAAGGUAUGCUCUAAAGCUAAUGGUCUAAUUGAUUUUUUACUGACAGAAAGAUUUGUUGUAACAGCAAUUUGUUACAGUAAAUUAUUUGAAAUACUAGACCCACCAACCAAAAUGCUACAAUCAUCUGAUAUAGAUCUAUUAGGGGCAGCAAAUUGUAUUCAAGUGACUCUAGAUAAAAUUAAAAAUAUGCGAUCAGACAAUGUGUUUACUAAACUCUAA